UCCCCUCCCCAGCACCCCCUCCAGGCCCUGCGCUGAGCGAGGAAGCAGGAAUUGUCCUGAAGUAGCCCAGCUGUUUAUGGGGUCGGGGGGGGGGGGGGGGAAUUGUGGGGUCACUGUAAACCUCCGGAUGUCCUGGUACUGGGGAAGCUCGCAAGCAGCCCUCCAAAUGCCCUGGGCUCUUUUUUUUUCUUUCCCCUGGUAACUGCUUGGUGAAUGGGGGGUCAGUCACUGGGAAAGCUGGGGCCCCCUCACCCCUCUUCCCCCAUGCAUUCUGCAGGAGUUUCCCUGAGACUAGGUUGUUGUGUUUUCAAUCAGGUUAGUGUUGGCGGAUUCAUACAGCUGCCGUAAACCGUGUCGCUGGCCCCUUUCCUCAUCCCCCCAAAAGAGCGGCGAAUUUAAGCAAAUCUCACAAAAUUAAAUUGCCCCUUCGCUAAAGAUCCUAUAAAUCUCCGGCCCCACCAGGUGUAGAGUCAGAGACACCGUUGUUUGCCUUUAAUUUCGCUCCUGGCUAUCGAGUCUAAAAGAGUAUCGUCGAAGAAAGUGAUAUUCUCGUUUCUGAAAUUAAUUUCCCCCUCCCGGUCUAGCUCCCUCUUUGCGCCAGCACAGAUUAAAUGGUUCGUUCAGAUCUGCAAACAGUAAAGGAUAAAAGUAUUUAUAGGGGAGCGAGGAGGGUGUUUCAUGGUUGGCUUAUUGUUCCAGAACAUAAUAACAUUUUAUUUUCAAGCAGAAGUUAGGGGGCAAGAAGUGGGGGAAAGAAGGAAGAAAACCAGAGAAAGCCGAGCACCCGCACACAGAACUCCCCCUCCAUGGAGAACUUUGAUGACAUUUACAAUUUCCAUAUGGCAGCUCGCUGUGACGUCAUAAAUGCCAAGUUCUUGCAUUUUACAAUUCUCAUAAACCUUCCUAGAGGGUCCAAGCAGUGCUCAGCGCUGAGGGGCGUGAGAUGCCGGAAGUUGGGCGUCUUUUAGUCCAGUGCAGAACCGCUCUACCCCUUCUUGCUCAUCGGGUACCCUCUUUAGCUGGGAGCUGAAAUAUCCUGGGUAUUCUGAAUUUUAACUUCUCCUGGACCAAGCAGAGCCACUUGCUGUGCUCCCCCCAACACACACACCCAGCAUAUCUGACACUGGGGUCACUGCUAUGUCCCCAGGGUGUCCACAGGUCCCCCCUUCAGCUGUUUGGAAUAAAGGUGAGAGGUUAGAGGGCCAGGCCCCCAAAAGCCAGAAAGGAUUUUUCUUUUUUCUACCCAAAUGGAGCUGGAAGGGGGCUCAGACCUGAGUGUGAUGGGACAGAGGUGCUGGGGACCUGUUUUACUUUUAACCUGAGAGGCCCAAGAAGCGAACGGAGAACCUGAGCAAACACCAGAGUGAGGGUUUGUGUCUGCUGAUGGUGGCGGUAAUAAGUAUGGUGCCAGGAAGGGAAGGCAGGCAGAAAUCAGGAGAGAGGGAGGGAGGAGAGGAACGACACCUUUCUUUUCUGUUUCAUUGCAGUAACCCGCAGCAGCUCGGGCAGGCUCUUAACCUUUACUUCGCUCAAGCGAGGAGUGGCCAGUGCAGGCCUCAGAGGUGUUUGGGGCACUUCUCAGUCCCCAUUCGGCCUCCUCCUCCCUCUUGGCGGACCCCCAACUCCCUUCAGCUGGCCCGUGACAGCCAUGUCCCCAAAAUAUCUGCACCCCCAAACUGGGAUCCAUUUCUGGGUUGGGUGUGUCAAAUUUCACUCCCCCCCCCAAGAGUCUGCAAGCCAGAACUUUGAAAGGAGGGUGUUCCUUUAUGGAAUGCAGCACGUGCAUGGGUGUGGGGUGUGUGUGCACAGACACCGUCCGUCCCCCCACCAUAUCUGUGAGCAACUGGAGCCCCUGGGGUGAGCCCCUGCUUUGGUCCCUAAACUGAGGGCGGGGGAGGGGGAGUCCCCUGCGUUCACCUUCUCGGGCAGACCAGGAGGAGCUUGGCAGUGUUUUGACUCUGAGUUCCACGGGAGAUCAAAGGACCUUGUCCCCCAAACAGCAGGCAUUUAGAGUACGAAUUUUAUUUUUUUAAUAAAAAAGAAAUCUUGUCUUAAGUCAGUUGGGCCAACUGAACAGUGGCUCCAGAACAGCAAAGCCUUAACCAAACAGUGCGAUUGUGAAGUGAACGGAGCCAGUGAUUGAAACUCUCGGCGUUCUCUGUAAGAGGGAUUUUAGCCCUCACCCGGGGCACAAAAGGAGCUGGCAGGCAGCCGCCUUCUCCCACUCUGCAGAGAGAAUUAGGGGUGGUGGUGGGGCCACAGGCUUCCCUGCACCCCAGCACCCAAGUCCUGCAGCCCCAGUGUUGGGGUCCCUGAGCAGCCAGUGGAGGCGCUGAGCUGUAGCUGGUGGCGCGGGCAGCCAGGACUGGAGUGUGUGUAUCUGUGUGCGAGGGUGGGUGAGUCUCAAACAGGGUGCAGAGUUUAAGGUAAUUGGGGAUCACACAUGAGGGCAGAACCUCUGGAAAAGAGCACCCUCAAAUCAAAAUUCCCGACCUCAGCUCCCUCCCUGCCCACACACCUCCCUGAGAAAUUAAUGUUUUCCAGAGCAAAAGCAAAGCAGUGUGAAAGGCAAGGUGAGGCCUGUCCAGGAGCCUGUCUUGGGCUGGGGUGCAGGUACACCUACCCUCUCCCCAAUUCAGAGCCGCAGAGGCCCCCAGCUUGGGGGGGGGGCCUGGAGCGGCUGGGGCUGGCAUGGGAAUACUUAACUCCCCGCGGGAACCCCCCAGGUGGCGGAUCUCCAACUCUCCCCUUAGCCUUGGGGACUUCACUCAGGCCCUAGGCACGGGCGGUGAAUUCUUCCCCUAUAAUUAGUGCUCAUGAAAAGGGUGUGCUUGGGCUAGGGGGCCAGGAGGGGAGAGGGUGGGGAGCACCGGGACAGCGAAUGGCAACUGUACCCUUUUCUGUGUCUUCUGAGAGCUGGUUUUACAUCCACUAAUUACAGCUCCCAACACGAAAAUCUGCUCACAACGCUAAAGCGCCCUCCGAAUGCCUAAUUCCUGGGGCCGCGGGGUCCAGAGCCGGCGCAGACCUGCGGGCCUGAUAGGAGGUGUCCUCUGAUUCCCCCCAGGCUUGUUUUAUAGAAACAAAGAACAAGUUCUCUCCCCUCCUGCCUGGGACUUGUGUGCAUAUUUACAGAGCUCAACUGCAGUUUUAAUAAAACAUCUGUUCUUGCUUCUGCUGAUGAGUUUCCAUAAUUGUUUUCAGACAAAUUGAACAGGAAAAUAUAAAUAUAUUUAGAAAAAUCCAAGUGCUAGCUUCCCCCACAGACAGCCUUUCUUAUGCCCCCCCCCAAAUAAAAUUAACAUGAAAUGGGAAAAGGAAAAUACAACCCAAUGGAGGGAAGAUCGGGCUCAUCUGACCUGCUCUCCCCCCUUGGAGCGAAGCCUUCCAGCAAAUUCCAGCCGCAUAAUUAAAGAUCAAACUGCACGAAGGGAGCUUCGUUCGGCAGGAACGGAAGGUGAUGGGGGGAGAAAUCAACGGUGGCCGCGUGGAAACGCGUUUGUAUUUCCGCCUCCCCCGCUCUCGCCCUUCCAGCCAGCCUUUCUGCCUGUUUCCCCCAGCAGCUGGUUUCUGUUCCUUAUGAAUCGGCGAGACCUUUCAGUCCCUGCCCUCUGUUUAGGGACGUAAUAAAACACUUAACUUUCCGGGCCUGAGACUUACACUCUGCUCCUUAGGUCGCCCACCCCCCGAGAGCCCAAAAGAGAAUCUCCCCCAAUUUUGGGGCCCCCUUCUUCAUGCCGAAUUGAGGAGAGGCCCAAGGAAACCCAGACGUCCUUGUGGGGGGAGGCUGUAUCUUACGCCUUCUCCUGGAACCCCUUCUUUUUUUCACGCCCCCCCCCCCGCCAAGGUCCUUUCCUCCCUCCACCCAUAAAAGAGAUUUUAAAAUACAUGGAAGAUCAACAAUCAUUGAAAGCAAAACCUCAUUAAGGAUCCUAUCUUCCAUCAUUCAAUUUGUUGUACAUUGCAACAAUUUAAUAUCUUGAAGGAAUUAUCACUGACAUGAUUUAUCCCUCCAGCAAUCUUUCUCUCUGAAAUGGGGGGUUACUCUUUCUUCCUGCUUCUUCUACUUGUUCCACUGCUACCCUCAGGGCAGAGCAGAAGCUGGGAACUUUGAGACAGGCUACUUGUGGCCAGGGGUGCUUCCUGGCUCAGCCUCCAGGAGGCUCGCCCCCUCCACACUUGUUCUUCUCCCCCUACUUCUUGCCCUGGUUGGGGGGGCGGGAAGCUGUGGCCCCAGCCAGCUGUUAGAAACCUCUGCCCAGGCAUGCCAUGAAUUCGAGGACAGCUGGACUGGAGAGCCAAAAGCAACUCAUGUGUGAUGUCUCUGCUUGUGUACCUGCCAUGUCACCCCAAAAUGAGAUCAAAUUUUCUUCCUCUUCAGUUUAAGAACCCCCCCCCCAUCCGCUUUCACCUUUAUUUCCUCGGGGAGGAGAAAGUGUGGUCCCAGCGGAAGAACCUUCCAAUGGGAGGGGUCUGUCUCCUAUCUCCUAAAUACCAACCAACUUCCCUCCUUUUCGAAGGACUGGGGCUGUAUUUUUUUCUUCAAAGCCAGCACAGAUCGUCUGGCAGGAAGACCCCCGUGAGCCCCUCGCAAGGUUCACGUAGUAACUAGCAUGGGGUCCCCACCAGCUCCUACGUACUGUCUGCUUUGGGGUUCAAGAAACUUUAUUUUUCCCCCCUAGCGACACUCCAGGGAAACCUUAGCUUUACAGAAGACGAAUAAACGAGUUUUUUCCCAGCGUAGUCCUGUUUAUGGCUUUAUUGCCACCCAUUGAUUACUCCGCUUUGUUACACAGAAGGAAAAGAUCAUAAAAUCCGGCGACAUCCGGGUUCUUGUUAUAGCCAGUGCCCCCCCUAAAAAAUGAUUGAGGGGAAAAUAUGAGCUCUCAGUACGCGCCCCGCGCACGCCCCACCACCCCCUCUUUGUCACCUCGAAGCAUUUUCUGCCUGUGUCGCGACAUCAGAUUAAGUUUGGGUUCCAUCAGGAGAAAGCGCCCAUCUGCACACCUUCCGCUGUUUUGCAGCUCCCUCAGAAACCUCGGACUCAGCUGCCUGUUCCUAGCCGGCUCUUCCUUUUCCUCAGCCCCAGGGUGGGGGGGAACACGGGAACAGAGGCUGCUGAGAGUCCCGGCCCCACUGGCACUUGGGCAGGAGCUCCCCACGAGCAGCCUUUCCCUAGAGUCUUCAAACCCCAGAGCUUGGGCCCAGGAUGCCUCCUUGGGGGCAAGGGGGGCUUCUGACCUGGGCAGGGGCUUGAGACUGCAAGGAGCUAACUGUCCACCAGCGCCUCACCGGCCCAGCCUUCUCUUUCUGCCUGGAACCCCUGUGAAUCACUCCACCGUGCUCGCUGCCUCCAAAUCAUAAAUUCUCCCCAACAUAAACAGGAGUUGAUGUCUCUAGAAAGACUCUCAGAGUUUGCUUUCUUCUUCCUUUUACGCUCUCUCCCACCUUUUACUACUUUUUCUUCCUUUUCUGUUGUAUUUUUAUACAUUUUCCCUUUUAGGAAAAAAAUGCUGCAACAGUUUUCCCAAAAAAAGGGAGGGGAGGGUCCCAAGGCGGAGGCAGAAUGGAGCAAAGAGGCCCAGGAAAUCAGACACAUGGCCCCUUUGCCCAGGUCAGCUCUGCCACUGUACCCUAAAGUCUCACCUUCACCCCUGGAGACUUGCCUGCCUCCCAUAUGCUCCCUGCACCCAAGACUCUGGGCCACACCCUCCUCCCUCCUGGUGCUGUGAGGUUUCAUGUAAUUUCUUUCGACUUCUGAUUUUUUUUUAAUUGUUGGGGGAAAAAAUACACCGGCUCAGUGAUGGAAACUCACUCCAGAGAGUGUCAAAGGAGGAUUUCCUGGAGGAUUUCUAGGGAACCCCCUGAGCUGGGAGGGAGUCUUUCCCACGGAGUCAUCGGGACGUAAUUUUAGAAGGAGGUAGUUACAAAAUAAGAAAUCAGAUUGAAAAUGCAGGGAUUUCUCCGGCCCUGGCUCUGGUCACAGCACAGCCCAGUUAGCUGGGGCUGAGAGAUUCCCCGGGAGCACAGCUGGCGUUGGGGGGGGGGGGGCGGAGCCCCUGCUGGCGGGCACGCACCCCCUCCUUCACCCCCAAACCAGUUCCCUUGCAUAUAUAUUUUUAAGAGAAAUCCAAGUCUCACUUUUAAAGCACACACUUAGUCUCAACUAGGGAAUCAACAGAAGCAGAAGCGAUUUUUUUCCCCCUUCUUGACAUCUGGCUUGCGAUUGGCUGGAAGGGGGUCAGCUGACUUUGUCAUUUUGUCUGUCCUGGAUUGGAGCCGUCCCUAUAACCAUCUAGUUCCGAGUACAAACUGGAGACAGAAAUAAAUAUUAAAGAAAUCAUAGCCCGACCAGGUAAAGGCAAAGGGAUGAAUUCCUACUUCACUAACCCUUCCUUAUCCUGCCACCUCGCCGGGGGCCAGGACGUCCUCCCCAACGUCGCCCUCAAUUCCACUGCCUAUGAUCCAGUGAGGCAUUUCUCGACCUAUGGAGCGGCGGUUGCCCAGAACCGGAUCUACUCGACUCCCUUUUAUUCGCCACAGGAGAAUGUCGUGUUCAGUUCCAGCCGGGGGCCGUAUGACUAUGGAUCUAAUUCCUUUUACCAGGAGAAAGACAUGCUUUCAAACUGCAGACAAAACACCUUAGGACAUAACACACAGACCUCAAUCGCUCAGGAUUUUAGUCCUGAGCAGGGCAGGACUGCGCCCCAGGACCAGAAAGCCAGUAUCCAGAUUUACCCCUGGAUGCAGCGAAUGAAUUCGCACAGUGGGGUCGGCUACGGAGCGGACCGGAGGCGCGGCCGCCAGAUAUACUCGCGGUACCAGACCCUGGAACUGGAGAAGGAGUUCCACUUCAACCGCUAUCUAACGCGGCGCCGGCGCAUCGAGAUCGCUAACGCGCUCUGCCUGACCGAGCGGCAGAUCAAAAUCUGGUUCCAGAACCGCCGCAUGAAGUGGAAGAAGGAAUCCAACCUCACGUCCACGCUCUCGGGGGGCGGCGGCGGGGCGGCCGCCGACAGCCUGGGCGGGAAAGAGGAGAAGCGGGAAGACACAGAAGAGGAGAAGCAGAAAGAGUGACCAGGACUGUGUCCCCGCGCGCGCCACCCCCGUCUGUCUCUCCUUCUCCCUGGCUCCCUCCCUCCCCCGCACACCGCCUCGCCCCUAACCACACUCUCCAGUACUUCUCACUGGCACAAUUGAUGUGUUUGGACGCCCUGAAACAGAAUUAGGGAGUCCAACGUGGACCCAAGCGUCAGCUCCGGACCCCCUCCCGCACCGAACCGCUCUCGCCACGCGACUGCUCCUCCUCCUCCUCCUCCUCCCCUCUCCCUGCUAGCUCCUUCUCGGCUUGUCUGCAGGCCCUUUCCUGGGCCCAGGCCUUAGGGGCUCAGCCCCUGAACCUCUCUUCAGCCUCCACAGAUUGCCCUGCGAAUGAGGACUUGGCUACCCCCCCUCCUCCCACCACCACCACCACCACUGCCUCGACGCCCCCCACCCCGGCCCCGCGCGCAGAGCGCCGGCUCCCGGGCCCGGGGCCUCCGCUGUGGGGCCUCAGGUCCCGGCCUGGCAGCCGCGGGAGGGCGGGGAGGCCUCGGCCCCUCCGCCAGCCCCUGCCCGGCCCCUCUGCCCCGGCAAAUGCCCAGCCCAGGCAACAUUGUAUUUAAAGAAUCCUGGGGGUCAUUAUGGCAUAUUACAAACUGUGACCGUUUCUGUGUGAAUAUUUUUAGCUGUAUUUGUGGUCUCUGUAUUUAUAUUUAUGUUUAGCACCGUCAGUGUUCCAAUCCCAUUUUAAAAAGGCAAAAAAAAAAAAAAGGGAAAAAAAGAGAAAACGGCAAAAAGGAAAAAAAAAGUGAAUGACGUUUGUUUAGCCAGUAGGAGAAAAUAAAUAAAUAAAUAAAGCCCCCUCGUGUUACCCUCCUGUAUAAAUCCGACCUCUGGAUCCGUUCUCGAAUAUUUAAUAAAACUGAUAUUAUUUUUAAAAGUUUA